AUGGCGUCGACCGAGACAGUAACGCAAGUGCGUGUGGCAAAUCUUUGCUGUGCGCUGGAGGCCGACUUGGUGCACGACGUGCUGGAUUCCCAGGCAGGAGUCAGAAGGCUCGUCGUCAAUACGGUUACCAAAGUCGUAACUGUGGAGCACGAUAGCGGACAGAUCAGUGCUGUGGACUUAUGCAAAGGCCUGGCCCAUGAUCGUGCCAGGAUCCUAAGAGGUGGAUAA